UCCACUCCCUUUCUUGUUCUGUUGAGAGCAGUAGCAUAAAUUUGUUAGAAAUAGUCUUCCCCCUCUUUAUUUCUUUCCUUGGACUAUCUGAACCUGUAGAGGAUUUCACAGCAAUGUUGGACUGCAGUGACUAUGUUCUAGACUCAAGAAUGAACAAUCCGUCAGAAACCAGUAAACCACCAAUGGAGAGUGGGGAUGGGAACACAGGCACACAGACAAAUGGCCUGGACUUUCAGAAGCAGCCUGUGCCCGUUGGAGGGGCAAUCUCUACAGCCCAGGCUCAGGCCUUCCUUGGACACCUUCAUCAGGUCCAGCUUGCUGGAACAAGUUUACAGGCUGCUGCUCAGUCCUUAAAUGUACAGUCUAAAUCUAAUGAAGAAUCUGGGGACACCCAGCAGCCAAGCCAGCCUUCCCAGCAGCCUUCAGUGCAGGCGGCCAUACCCCAGACCCAGCUCAUGCUGGCCGGAGGACAGAUCACUGGGCUCACGUUGACGCCAGCCCAGCAGCAGUUAUUAUUACAACAGGCACAGGCACAGUUGCUGGCGGCUGCAGUGCAGCAUUCAGCCAGUCAGCAGCACAGCGCUGCAGGUGCCACCAUCUCGGCCUCCGCUGCGACGCCGAUGACGCAGAUUCCUCUUUCUCAGCCAAUACAGAUUGCACAGGAUUUGCAGCACCUGCAGCAGCUCCAACAGCAGAAUCUCAACCUGCAACAGUUUGUGUUGGUGCAUCCAACAACCAACUUACAGCCAGCACAGUUUAUCAUCUCACAAACGCCGCAGGGGCAGCAGGGUCUCCUGCAAGCGCAGAAUCUCUUAACGCAACUACCUCAGCAAAGCCAAGCCAACCUCCUGCAGUCUCAGCCAAGCAUCACCCUCACCUCACAGCCAGCAACCCCAACACGCACAAUAGCAGCAACACCCAUUCAGCCACUUCCACAGAGCCAAUCAACACCAAAGCGAAUUGACACUCCCAGCUUGGAGGAGCCCAGUGACCUUGAGGAGCUUGAGCAGUUUGCCAAGACUUUCAAACAAAGACGGAUCAAACUUGGAUUCACUCAGGGUGAUGUUGGGCUCGCUAUGGGCAAACUCUAUGGAAAUGACUUCAGCCAAACUACCAUCUCUCGCUUUGAAGCCUUGAACCUCAGCUUUAAAAACAUGUGCAAGUUAAAGCCACUUCUGGAAAAGUGGCUCAAUGAUGCAGAAAAUCUCUCAUCUGAUUCAGCUCUCUCCAGCCCAAGUGCCCUGAAUUCCCCGGGGCUGGGGAUUGAGGGCUUGAACCGUAGGAGGAAGAAACGCACCAGCAUAGAGACCAACAUACGUGUGGCCUUAGAGAAGAGUUUUCUGGAGAACCAAAAGCCUACCUCGGAGGAGAUUACCCUGAUAGCUGACCAGCUGAACAUGGAGAAGGAGGUGAUCCGCGUUUGGUUCUGUAACCGGCGCCAGAAGGAGAAAAGGAUCAACCCACCCAGUAGUGGUGGAACCAGCAGCUCUCCCAUCAAAGCAAUUUUCCCUUGCCCAACCUCACUGGUGGCAACCACGCCAAGCCUUGUGACAAGCAGUGCAGCUACUACUCUGACUGUCAACCCUGUGCUCCCUCUAACUAGUGCUACUGUCACUAGUCUGUCAGUCACAGGCACAACAGAAACCACCUCCAACAACACAGCAACCGUGAUCUCUACAGCACCUCCAGCUUCCUCAGCAGUGACUUCACCCUCUCUGAGUCCUUCCCCUUCUGCCUCAGCCUCCACUUCCAAGGCAUCCAGUGCCAGUGAGACCAGCACAACACAGACAACCUCUACUCCCUUGUCCUCCCCUCUUGGGACCAGCCAGGUGAUGGUGACGGCAUCAGGGUUGCAAACAGCGGCAGCAGCUGCACUACAAGGUGCUGCACAGUUGCCUGCAAAUGCAAGUCUCGCUGCCAUGGCUGCUGCAGCAGGACUAAACCCAGGCUUGAUGGCACCCUCACAGUUUGCAGCUGGAGGUGCCUUACUCAGUCUCAAUCCAGGGACGCUAGGCGGUGCUCUCAGCCCAGCUCUGAUGAGCAACAGUACACUGGCAACUAUUCAAGCUCUUGCAUCUGGUGGUUCUCUUCCAAUAACAUCACUGGAUGCAACUGGGAACUUAGUGUUUGCCAAUGCUGGAGGUACUCCUAACAUCGUCACUGCCCCAUUGUUCCUGAACCCUCAGAACCUUUCUUUGCUCACCAGCAACCCAGUUAGCUUGGUCUCUGCAGCUGCCGCCUCCGCAGGGGCCUCUGGACCAGUCGCCAGCCUUCAUGCCACCUCCACCUCAGCUGAGUCCAUCCAGAACUCUCUCUUCACAGUGGCCUCUGCCAGUGGGGCCACUUCCACCACCACUACUGCCUCCAAGGCACAGUGAGCCGGGCUGAGCUGUGCUACCACCAGCCUGUUUCACUCUGCAGUGGGAUUGGCUGCCAGCUGGGUUUAUAAACUGAAAAAUAUGAUCGGCUUCCUCUCACCAUGUUGCUGGGGACAAGGGAGAGAGACGGAAAAUAUAAAAACAAAACAGGAAGGAUUUAAAGCUGGGACAGACAUUUGCCUAAUUUUAUAAUAAACACUGUCUUUUCAGGAUCACUUCAUGGAUCGGAGAGCUUUCUAACCAAAAAUGUAAAAAAACAAAAAA